AUGCAGAAGAAGCUGUGCCCUGCUGUGAAAGAUUGUGAAUACAUAGGUGUUGACUCGCAAAAGUUCUACACCUUGCAGAACAGAAAAAAGAAGAAAGAAUAUUUCUCAGGCUCCCUCGACCGCCGCACUAAACGAAAAAACUCGUUAGAACUUAUACCACCGAAGAAACCACCACGAACCUUUACCUCGAAAUACUCUCAAAAAUCGUCCAUAUUCGACAUAUUCAAAAGAGAAAAACCACCAGCUCCAAAAAAAUCUAACUUACGUCGAAGUACCAGUGAUGUCUCUAACAAAAGUACAAACAUUAACAUACAGAGCGAUAGUAAGUUUAGAAAACGUUCUGGCAGUGAUAGCGAGGAAUUUCUAAAACGGAGAAAAGAGAAGAAGCAACUUUCUCCUAUAAUAGAAGUAACGCAACGGGAGGACUAUUUUUCAGCCCCAGAGCUAGAUUAUUCCGAGAAAGAAAGUAUACAAAACAAGGAAAACUUAGAACCCAAAAGUUUUGUUAGAAAGAAGAAAAAAGAAAGUAUUACAGAACAAUUAAAACAGUUUAUAGAUGAAGUAGAUGAAGAAUUAUACAAAGAAACUGGUAUACGUGUUCCUCCGCCAGAAGAACAGAAACCACCUCAGCCCAUAAUAAUUGAUGUAGAAAAAGCCCAGCAAAUUUCUAAUAAAGAAAAGAAAUUUAAACACUCACUUCUUGCCAGAAAGAUAAAAUCAAUCACUAAUAAAAAGAAACAAACAAAUGAUAAGAAAACAACUAAAAAGCAAGUUAAUGAAAAAAAUAAACAAUCAAAAUUAUCCGAGAAAAAGGAUUAUGUAAAGCAAGCAGAACCUUCCGUUCAAUUUGAAACUAGUCAAGGAACAAGAAUAAAAGAAACAAUCGAACACUUAGGGAAUCCCAAAGAUUCUCCCAAGAUGAUUCACAGCAGCCAAAUGCCAGCUGAGAAGCUGCCUUUGACAAAAGGACGAACAGUAAAUUCAUUAAUAAAAAGGUUAAGUACUGAAUCCACCUCACCCCCUCCCUUAAAAACCAAUAUUCUCAUUACACCUCACGCUUCAGUACAGCACAAUAAUAAUCAACCUUUUUCGUAUACAGGGGGCUUAAGUCCUGACAAGUUUAAUGAAACAUCGCCUACACCUGGAAGCCCCAUAAUAUAUGCACAAGUGGUAUGUGGUAACAACGGCAACGGUACUUCAAAGCAAACCGUACACACCAGCUAUAGUAACGGUAGGAAACAUACACAUUCAGACUCAGAUGAGGGUUUAGGAGGUGAGGAACAUUUGGCCUUCAAAACAAUAACACGUUUUGGAGAUGACUAUGAUGAAGUCGACAAAAUUGACGAAGAAAGUCCAAUCAAGCCCAAAUUUAGGAACCCAGCCUACCUCAAUGGAUAUUCAAGCUACGAACGUAAAGAAGUGUCUAACGUUAAAUACAUAGACUCUUCAGCUAGAGGCCGUGGGGACGGAAUGGACUCUAAAAGAAGGGAAAGCCUCACAGAACCACAUGAAACUACUUUUACCUCCACUACCAUGUUAAAUAGUCGUAGUGAUUUAUCUGCUAGAAGAGACCAGUUAGAAUCUAGAAUAAAUCGUAGAGUUAAUGACAAUUCCAUCCGUACCUCUCCUGAAUACCUAAAGAAUCCUUAUCCGACAAACGUCUAUGUAACCGAAACUACUUCUAAGCACUAUAAAAGUGGAUCUUCUAGUCCAGUAGGCUACACGGAAAAGUAUUCGUCUGAAACGAUGACAGACAAGCAUGGAAAACCUCACACAAAAGAAUCAAGGACUGUACAGUACUUCGGAAAUGAACACAAAGAGCGACUGGAAUAUGAAAAUAGGGCAAGACCAAAUGGAUACCAAUAUAACGGUUUUGAUAAUGAGCCCAAAAGCUUUGACUCGCAAAUAAGUUCCUCGCCCGAAAAUAGACGAUAUGAAACUAGUCACAGUUACAAAAAAGAUGAAUAUAGAACAUUCCACAAAUCAACUCCAGACAUUUACAGAUCUCAUCAAGAUUCCUUACAAAGAGAAAAUGUAGAAAGAAGAACAGGUUCUUCUAAUUACAGAUCUGAGUAUUUUGAAGAUAGUGACAGAAGGGAAAGAUUCGCAGAUUCUGGUAUCGAAAAUGAUUUCAGAAGAGAUUCGAGAGAUAACUUUAGAUCAAGACCCCGACAUAGAAGAGACUACUGUAACGAAAGUGAAGAUGAGGGUUUUGCCAGUUCGCUACUCAUUGCCAGUGAAAGGCAGCACACAGAAGAUAAUAUUAACAAUAGAAAGAGACGCGAUUAUGACUCUGAUCGGGCAGUCUCAAGAGAAGACGAUCCGUAUAGACACAUAGAAACUAUGGACUAUAAGAGUAAGGUUAGAUCUAACGAUUACGUACCCAGAGAGAGGAGUAUCGACGAUGGUUCGCAUUAUGAUCCUAGAAUUGAUAAAGAUGUUGAAAUAUAUACAGUGAGAAGGAAUGAAAAGAAACCACCGAAGCCAGAAAAGAAGAGUGGUCUAGACAAGGUGAAGUCACUUUUUAGCAGAGAUACUAAAAAGAAGAAAGAGAAGGUCCCUAUGGUGCGAGAAGAAAGCCUGAGAGCUAGAUACGUAGAGUACAAAGGAAGAAAUCCUGUCGAACCUAAAUUUAAGAAACAAGAAGUCAACAGUCAAACUACCUACGACAGACGACGUUUGUCAUCACCAAGUCCGAGUCCGACACGCGAACAACAAAGAAAUGUCAAAUCCGAAUCAACACACGGAAGUUGGUUUAAAUCCUUGGAUCGAUUGUCACGAAAAAAAUCGAAAAAGGGUGAAAAGGAUGCCAACUUUACCAGCGGAACCGAAGAAGACACUCCCACAAAACCCACGAAAAAUCUCCGAUUUUUCGGAGACACCGACCAAGAAUCGAACGAUAGUAUACGUCACAAAACUUCUACCAAAACUCGUUCAGGAAUACCAUCCAGAGCCAGAAGUCAGUCCACACGGGAGCUUCACAACAUUUCAGAGGAAUUCAAGUCGCCUAGAAAUAACUACAAGUCUAUGACUAAUGUCUCUGAGUCCGAAAAAGAGACGAAAGAAUCCAGAAGAAGUUUGAAGCCACCUAUGUCGCCGAACCAUCGAGCUCCAUCUAGAGAAACUUCACGGCAUGACAAAGAGAGAAGCAGGAGGAGAAAGAAUGAAGUUAGCUCGGUGGAAAGUUCCACGGAAGGCGACAGCAGCCAACAGUCGCAAAGAAGUAUCGUCUAUUUGCAUGCUGCUACAGUUGGUGAUAUUCCAGGACCUGGAUAUUUAAAAAAUGGACGGAGGGCCGCUUCAAGAGAAGAAUUGGCCUCUAAUGGACCAAAAGUUCAACAGGUUAAAACUCUAAGCCGAUCAUUUUCAGUUCUAGCCCCUUGGAAACCACGAAACCCUAGAGAUGUGGAUAUCGACUACAGCCAAUACCCGAAAAAUGGUAAAAAUGGAAAAUAUGAACAAAAAAUCUCAAAAACACCUACCCCUCGAAAAGACAGUUCAUCAACACUUAAAAAGAAAGCCCAAGAGUCUCGAAAGAACUAUACUAGUUCAAAUGGAUCUCAUGGUUCGAACGGUUCGACUUUAUUAAAACUGUCGAAAUCAAAAGAAAAUUUAUCUUCACAGACACUAAGAAGAUCUAAAGAAAAUCUUUCCAAAGGUCUAACUCGACUUUAUACAAGAAAAAAGACCGGUAUCCUAAUGAAAAUUCUAGAUACACUCGAGAAAAAGAUGAAAAGAAGAUGGCUUCCAAGAGUCUUUCCGUUGAAUCGCUAG